CACAAGGUCGCUGCCAUCUUGCACCGGAUGUGACGUCGAGGGAUGCAGCGCUUCAUGCAUUUCCGCAGAGGACUAACUGAGCUUCAAAACAUUACCAUUACUUACUCUUCGACGCUUUACGUAAAGAUGUUGUGACGUGGUUACGUCACGGCCAUGACAGCAUGAGACGCUUGUUCAGCUUCAGCGCAUUGAAGUUUAUCAGCAAAACUCAGCAAAUCAUUCCGCCUGGAUAUUCCCUGUCACUUUCCCUCCGAGCCGUACCUGCUUCCUAUUUCCGCACCACAUCGACGGAUAACAGCAAACAAAUGGAUCUGAGUGACAUGAGAAAGAAAUAUAAAGGCGAUGAGGAGUCUUUCGAAGAGGAUCAGCUUACUUCCCUCGACCCUAUAAAGCAGUUUGGUGAGUGGUUUGAUCAAGCAGCAAAGUGCCCUGAAAUUGGUGAGGCCAACGCCAUGUGCCUUGCAACAGCAUCCAAGGACGGGAGGCCUUCUGCUCGAAUGGUGCUGCUGAAAGGUUACAGUAACGAGGGCUUCCGCUUCUUCACAAACUAUGAAAGCCGUAAAGGUAAAGAGCUGGAGAUGAAUCCCCAUGCCUGUCUUAUGUUUUACUGGGAACCACUGAAUAGGCAGAUUCGUAUUGAAGGUACUGUAGAGAGAAUCCCACGUCAGAAUUCUGCUGAGUAUUUUCAUUCGAGACCCAAGAGCAGUCAGAUUGGUGCAGUUGUGAGCAGGCAGAGCAGCGUGAUACCCAACAGACAGUACCUAAGAGAGAAGAAUGCAGAGUUGGAGGAGAAAUACAAGGACUCAGAGGUCCCCAUACCGGAUUACUGGGGAGGCUACCUUGUCAAGCCAAACCUGAUUGAGUUCUGGCAAGGCCAAACCAACAGACUGCAUGAUCGUAUUGUUUUCACAAGAAUCAAGGAGGGCGAGACUGAACUUCGAGAGAUGCAGCAUCAGGCUGAGGGAGGUUGGGUGUACCACCGCUUAGCACCCUGACAGGAAACCCUUAUCUUUUCACUCAAGAGAGUCAUCAUUGUAGACUAACUAUAGUACAUUAGGAAGUUAAGUGAAACACAGAUGCUUUUUAUUUUGGUAAGAUUCAUGAUGUGCCAUUUUGCUGUCAGAAAGUUGUAGUUUUAGACAAAUUGUUUUUGUACCGUAAAAUGAAUAGUUUUAAAUAUUUUAGUCUGUAAUUUGAGGUUCUUCAAUAGGAUAUUGCUUGAUAUGAUGGCUGUGCUACAUCCUAAACAUCAUAAACUAACACAAACAAAAAGUAGGCGACAUUUUAACUUAUUAUGGUACCUUGUAUUUGAGUAGAUUUUGUUUUCUGUCAAACAUAAAGCUGAUCUAGAACCCCUGAGAGUUGUGGUUUGUUAUCAUGCUCAUUUGCACAUUAGUAUUGCAAAGGUCAGCAUGGUGAUAAUGAUACACUGGGAUGCUCUAAUUGGGUGAUAUUGUCUUUAAUGUAGAUAAUCGCAUCAUUUAAGUUAAAAUACAAUUUACAAUUGUGCUUUCAUUAUUUCAUUUUUUAGUUACAACUCUAAUAGCAAAGAAAUAAUGACCCAGUGAUAGCUCAUGCUGAUCUGACCCACUAGGAAUAACGGUGAUGAAUUCGUCUGAAUCCGUGCUGCCAGAUUACAACCAUAACUAGAAGAGGCUGCAUGUUUACCGCUGGGCCACUUUCAGCCCAAAAUUGAAAUGCAGCACAAGCAUUGUUGCAUUUCAUCCAUAUUCCAUAAGUACAUUUGGACCAGAUUUCUUUGCUAUUACAGCAGUAAUAUCCCUAAAUGGAAUACCUGUAGAAACUUCAUUUCUGCAAGUUAUGACUGCCAUAAGAUAGAAAUGUAAAUGAUUUUACCUGGUAAAGGAUCUCAACUGGUUCUACAAGAAAAUUUCUGCCGGUCAAAUAGAAAUGAACAGAGACCGCUACCAACCUUUUUUAUCCAUGAACAUUCAAGUAUUACUGUAGUGCAGCAAGUUCCUCUAGCGGCAUACAGACGGUGACAAAUUAAUGGAAAAAAAUUCUACAAGUCCCUGGAACUGUACUGAAGUGAUGAACAUCAUUCCUCUAAAAUUAUAUUCCCUCAUAGGUGUUCAGUUGAGUUGAAAUCUGGUGACUGUUAAAGCCAUACCAUUUGAUUUACAUAAUUUUUCUGGAUAAAGGUGAUGAGUCAGAAUAACCCAAACCCAAACCAAAUCUCCCACAGCAUAACAGAGCCACUGGAAUUUCCUUUAAUUUGUCCCCAGCAUGUGUUUGUGGAUUUAAGAGAAAUGUGUUGAUCAGCAGUUGGUAGGCCAGUAGAUGGCAGUGCUAUAGCAAAUGAUACUGCAGUUAAACCCUAUGUGCAGUUUAUAGAACAGUUUUUGUCAGUCACUUGAUUUUAUUAGGCUCAUUUGAUAAAACAGUAGGCAAACAGUAGGCAACACCAGCACCAACGUAUAUCUGUUGUAUUUAACCACAUGUACAAUAUCUGCCCUUUGUAAAUAUCCUGGUGUAUUAAAACAUUGAAAAUGG